AUGGUGAACGAAUACCCAUAUCCCAGACCGCAUCGAUUAGAUCUUGAUGAUAUCAAGAUUAGCAUUACUCACGAAUGCCAUACCACCGCUUUUCAAACGGUGGAUUAUUAUCAUCGACAAGCGAUCACAAUGACUCCGGAUGAGCAACAAAAAUACGUUGAUAUGGUCCGCAAUUCGGACUACAUCCUGAGUCCCUCAAACAGAGCAACGCCCAGUAAUAAUAAACUGUGGAAAUAUCUCAAGGACCCAGAGAAUGUUUAUUCCCGUGCUCACUUUGUCAUGUUGGCCGCCGCUUAUGGCAUCUCCAGGCUCUCUCAUCUUCGAGAGAAUGUUGAAGCCGCUGGCGAUGUUUUCGAAAUUAUGGACUACUCAGAAUAUUACGAUCAUUUCUAUCACCACUCGACGCCGUCGCCAACUGAAGAUGGUUCUGCGUCAGCAGUUGCGACACCAGCCCAUGGAUUAACUUUAGUAGAUGAGACUCGUUCUACUGGUGCAACCCCCAUCAAUCAGCCAGUGACGCCGCCUCCCAAUGAACCACAAUUUGCUCCUGCCGCUCCACCGCUUAGGGCUCGUCAAGCAUGGGAUCCUUUUCAGUCAUCGCCAGCCACCAUUGCAGCACGUUCUCCUCCUAGUGAAGCACCAGUCGAGCCAAAUUCCGCGUCGGUUCAACCAACCGUUGGUCUUCUGGCUACAACGCGCAUUUCUAUUCCUUCAACAACUCCCGAACCGCAGCCGAAGAGCUCAACUUACUCUCCUCAGCUCAACCCUACCCUCAACGCCAAUGAAGGUCGGUAUUCGCCUUCGAUUGAAAUCGCGGCUUUGAGAGAGAGAAUUAGAACUUUAGAAAAUGAAAAGGCUGCUCUCUUGCAGCUGGUUCGUGACCAAGCUGUCGCUCUCAAUCAACGCCAGCAAUAA